AUGGGGGACAACCUCCAGGCUGCCCUCUCCACUGUUGCUCCUGCUCUCCCAGGAGGCCCAGUGGGGGCCGAGGCCCAGGCCCUUGCCAUGGAGUCCAUGUUUGAAGAUGACAUCAGCAUCCUGACCCAGGAGGCACUGGGGCCCAGUGAGGUGUGGCUGGAUGCCCCAGGAGACCCCUCACUGGGAGGGGACAUGUGCUCUGCCUCCCACUUUGCCCUCAUCACAGCCUAUGGGGACAUCAAGGAGCGGCUGGGGGGCCUGGAGAGGGAGAAUGCCACCCUCCGCCGCCGUCUCAAAGUCUACGAGAUCAAGUACCCGCUGAUCAAUGACUUUGGAGAGGAGCAUGGCUUCUCUCUGUAUGAAAUCAAGGAUGGCUCCCUGCUGGAGAUGGAGAAGGUCAGCCUGCAGCAACGGCUCAACCAGUUCCAGCAUGAGUUGCAGAAGAAUAAGGAGCAGGAAGAACAGCUUGGGGAGAUGAUCCAGGCUUAUGAGAAACUUUGCGUGGAGAAGAGCGACCUGGAGACAGAGCUGGGGGAGAUGCGGGCCCUGGUGGAGACCCACUUGCGGCAAAUCUGUGGUUUGGAACAGCAGCUACGGCAGCAGCAAGGCCUCCGGGACGCAGCCUUCCCCAGCCCGAGCCCCCCACCUGCCCCUGCCCCACCUUGUACUGAUCUGGACCUGCACUACUUGGCACUGAGAGGGGGAUCUGGCUUGAGUCACGCAGGCUGGCCGGGCCCCACACCCAGUGUGAGUGAGCUGGAGCGACGGCGUUUGGAAGAGGCUCUGGAGGCUGCCCAGGGUGAGGCCCGGGGGGCUCAGCUUCGGGAAGAGCAGCUCCAGGCCGAGUGCGAGCGGCUGCAGGGAGAGCUGAAGCAGCUGCAGGAGAGCCGGGCCCAGGAUCUCGCCUCCAACCAGUCAGAGCGGGACAUGGCGUGGGUGAAAAGAGUCGGGGAUGAUCACCCCUCCUCUUUCUUCCACUUGGUCCAGACCCUCCAGGCGAGUGGGAAUUUUACCUGUGGGCUCUCCCAGGAGAGGAAUGCAGGGCUGGGUUAUCCAGAUCGGGCCCAGCACCUGGUGGCUGGUGCCCAGGGGACAGAUUGUCCCAGAAGAAGAGCUGCUGGAGGCCAGUCAGGGGCCAAAAGCAAGGAUGAGGGAGGAGAGGCAGUGGAGACCAGCCUGCUCCUUAGGAUGUGCAGGGAGCACCCUACAACUCCAAGAGCAAGAGCGCCUCCUCUGGGAGGAGAUCCAACUAGAGUGGCUGAGUCUCUGCCUGCCACUCUCCUCCAGCUCAGCUCCAACUUCCACGAAGCUCUGGAGUCCCUUCUGGACUUGGGUCAGGGCAGGCUGGCGUCCAGCCUUGACUGGGCGGGGGCUGGGGUGUCCUUCAGGGUGAAUUUGGCGCUGGCUUACACGGAGCUGACAGAGGAGCUGGGCCGGCUUCGGGAGUUGAGUUCCCUGCAGGGGAGGAUCUUGAGGACUCUGCUGCAGGAGCAGGCGGCCACGCUGCCCAAACCGCGGGCCUACGGCGGCGAGCUCUACGGGCCCGGCCGGCCGCUCAGCCCGCGACGCGCCUUCGAGGGCAUCCGGCUGCGCUUCGAGAAGCAGCCCUCCGAGGAGGAGGAGUGGGCCGUGCCCACCAGCCCGCCCAGCCCCGAGGCGGGCACCAUCCGCUGCGCCUCGUUCUGCGCGGGCUUCCCCAUCCCUGAGUCGCCGGCCGCCACCGCCUACGCCCACGCCGAGCACGCGCAGUCCUGGCCGUCCAUCAACCUGCUGAUGGAGACAGUGGGCUCUGACAUCCGCAGCUGCCCCCUCUGCCAGCUAGGUUUCCCUGUUGGGUACCCGGAUGAUGCCCUCAUCAAACACAUUGACUCCCACCUGGAGAACAGCAAGAUCUAG